CGGCGAAAGGUUUUAUAUACAAGUAGAAUUCGCACUGCCAAAUUGCUAUAAGUCAAAAUAUAGGGUAGUCGGGCGGUCCUCUCGUCCGUCGGAUAACUUCGGGCGUGUAUCGGAAACCGUUUUUAUUUAGUGCGUGAACUUAGGUGGUAGAUGUAAGUUCGGAUACGCACACCGUGUGGAGCAAAUGCGCCGUGCUCCAGUGCCUUUAAUAUUUUAUUUUAUUUUGAGGCAGAAUUUAAGUGAUAAAAUGGGGUGCAGUGCGAGAUACUGUAUACUGGCUCUAUCCUUGUGUCUAGUGGCUGAAAAUGCGAUUGGUGUGAGAGUGGUGUCCAAAAGGAUUAAAGAGUCUAUCCCAGAUGAUCAGUCAACAUCAGCGUCAUGGUGGUCAGCAGGCACAGCGACACCAUUCAGAGAAAGUUCUGCAUCCAGCAGCUCCUUCUCCUCAACUCACGGGAUAGUUCAAACUCAUCCGAGCUUAGAUGACCCAUUUGGAAAUUUUGGAUCUAUUGGAAGUACAAUAGGACCAUCCUCAAACCCGUUUGCGCAAGCUAGCGGCAGCGGUCCGCUCAGCGGCGGGGUCAGAAACAAUCCCUUGCCUCCACUGGCUAGAAACGCCAAUGGGAAGACCACAUUGAAACAUCUAGACUUCACCAGCAGUGCUACUGCGGAGCUCAGAAGAAAUCCAGCACUAUCAGCCCCUGAUGAAUGUGCCAGAGCGUGCAGAGAGAAUGAACCUCCAAGGAUUUGUUACUAUCACUUCACAUUGGAAUUGUACACUGUAUUGGGAGCAGCUUGCCAAGUGUGCACACCGAAUGCAACCAACGUCGUGUGGUCUCACUGCCAAUGUGUCCUGGCUGACGGAGUUGAGCGUGGUAUCCUGACUGCCAACAGAAUGUUGCCGGGGCCAUCCAUCCAAGUCUGUGAGAACGACAGGGUUGUCAUCGAUGUAGAAAAUCAUAUGGAAGGCAUGGAAGUAACAAUCCACUGGCACGGUAUCUUCCAGAGGGGAACUCAAUACUACGACGGCGUACCAUUCGUCACCCAAUGUCCAAUUCAGCAAGGAAAUACAUUCAGAUAUCAAUGGCAAGGCAACGCUGGUACCCACUUCUGGCACGCACACACAGGUCUUCAGAAACUUGAUGGAUUGUAUGGUAGCAUUGUUGUCCGACAACCACCUUCUAAGGACCCCAACAGUCACUUGUACGACUACGACCUUACAACUCACGUUAUGUUGCUCAGUGACUGGCUUCACGAAGAUGCCGCUGAAAGAUAUCCUGGUCGUCUCGCUGUCAACACUGGCCAAGACCCCGAGUCUGUUUUGAUCAACGGAAAGGGACAAUUCAGAGACCCUAACACUGGCUUCAUGACCAACACACCAUUAGAAGUAUUCACUAUCACCCCGGGAAGGAGAUACAGAUUCAGAAUGAUCAACGCUUUCGCAUCAGUAUGUCCCGCUCAAAUCACCUUUGAGGGACACAACUUGACGGUCAUCGCUACUGAUGGAGAACCAGUACAGCCAGUUCAAGUCCACACUAUUAUCUCUUUCUCAGGUGAACGGUACGAUUUCGUAAUUGAAGCCAAUAAUAUCCCUGGAGCAUACUGGAUCCAAGUUCGAGGACUUGGAGAAUGUGGUAUUAAGAGAGCUCAGCAGUUGGCUAUCCUCAGAUACGCAAGAGGUCCGUACCAACCGUCCAGCCCAGCACCAACUUACGAUGUUGGUUUACCCCAGGGUGUGAUAAUGAAUCCCUUGGACGCGAUAUGCGAUGUGAAAAGGAAUGACGCUGUAUGCGUCAGCAAUUUGAAGUCUGCGAAACCAGUGGACAAGGCGCUCCUGCAGGAAAGACCCGAUGUUAAGAUCUUCCUCCCAUUCAGAUUCCACUUCUACAAACCCAAGGAUUUGUUCAGGGAGAACACUUACAGGAAUUUCUUAGUGGCUCCUGGCGGCGACCACGUGCUGAGUUUGGUCGACGAGAUCUCCUACAGCGCGCCACCCGCUCCCCCGCUAUCACAGAUGCACGAGCUUAACCCCGAGCUAUUCUGCAAUGGCGACAACAGGCCUGCCAACUGCCCAGUCGACUGCCGCUGCACCCACAUGAUCGACGUGCCUCUCAACUCCAUUGUGGAGAUCGUGCUUGUUGAUGAAGUGCAAUCCCCCAACCUCUCUCACCCGUUCCAUCUUCACGGCGCGGCCUACAACGUGAUAGGCAUGGGUCGGUCUCCGGACAAAAAUAUCAAGAAGAUAAAUCUGAAACACGCCCUAGACCUCGACAGGAAAGGCCUGCUCCACAGGCAAUACAACCUUCCUCCCCAUAAAGAUACACUGGCGGUGCCCAAUAAUGGAUAUGUCGUAUUGAGGUUGAAAGCUGACAAUCCAGGAUAUUGGUUAUUCCACUGCCACUUCAUCUACCACAUAGUCAUUGGGAUGAACCUCAUUAUACACAUAGGAACGCAAGCGGAUCUCCCUCCGGUCCCGCCGAAUUUCCCACGAUGUGGUCACCAUCUACCAGCGAUAUCUCCUCCAUACCCUACAACACACCACUGACACCAUCCUUAAGAGAAAGACGGGACAUUCUGAUCAACAAAAAAAAGAUCAUUUCUACUCUGUCACAUUAAAAUACCUCGAAAAUCCAGGACCAGACUCUGUGGAAAUGAUCGUAAAUGGCUAUGAACGCCAAAUAUUUUCAAAUAGGUUUUUAUCAAUCAAAACGUACUGCCAUAUUUUUUACUACCUUCUGAAAAUAUGAAAUGACGUACGAACGAACGAAAAUGAUCGUGGUAGUGUUAAGGUGCUGUUUUAAAUAUUUCAAAUAGCCAUUUUAGAUGUAGGAAGCCAAAGUUUUAUAAAUAAAUAAAAUAAAAUACAAUUACAUUUAUUUAACUAUCCCGAAAGGAAUCUUACCUCAAUUUUUAUAAUAUUUUGGUUCUAAACUUUUUUAUUAAAUCUGAUUUAUAAUUUCAUCAAAAUUUUUGUUUGUUUAAACUUUGUUACUUAUUCUAUAAUUUGUAAAUAAUAGUAGGUUAUUAAUGUCAUAAUUUUAAGAUAGAAAUUCUAAUUAUUUUCUACGUUCCUUUGUAACUAUUUUCCUGCGCGUGGGAAAAUGCAAAAUAUAAUAUUACCAUUAUAUUUAUAACGGUUUUUUAAUGAGUAAGUAUAUGGAAUAAGUAGAUACUUUUACAUUUCCAAAUCCGUGCCUGUAAUAUUAUCACCAAAAAGCAUGUCUCCCAAAUUAUGUCUUAAUUAUCAAAGACAUAGUUAAGGACAUAGUUUGUCUGUCCAUUGUUUUUAUUACUUUCCUGAACUUGUGUGACUCAUAAUUCUGAAUGUCAAAUAACAAGCAAAACUUUUAAGUAUGGGAACAGCGCACAUUUUUUUUAUAAAAUAUGCGGCUGUGAUUGGUUUGUUGAUUCAACACUGAUCAUUAUUUUUAUCCCUCAUGUUUUCAUAUAAUUUUAACAAAA